AGUAAAGGAGCCAUUUAUCGUAGGAUCAGAGCCGCCUUAACUGCACUGCUAUCAUGUUCAAUUCCUCCACCUUUCCCUGUCGUCCGCAUUUAUUCCAUCCCAUUCUUUUGUGUUGCUCAGAGUCUGUUAGAUUCUACCUCCGUCUCUGAAGGUGACGAGUCGACUAUGUAAGGAGGUGAUUCUUGAAAGAGGGCUCGUAAUGGCUGCCCCCUUCCGCUGGAUUGCUAACCUCGUUGAAGAGGACGUACACAUUACACCAGGGACGCUGAGGAUCGAUGUAGCUUCAGCACGAGAGCUGGCGGAGCAUCAGUGGAAAAGUGACUAGGGAAUUAAUCGCUCGUGUUGGGAUAGACGUGAAUGACAGCCUGCGUGAAUAGCGUUGGUACGGGUGAUGUUUAUUUGUCGGAUUCAGGAGACGAACUGCGGCUGUGUUUGAAUAGGAUAGUUUGCCAGCUCCAGGUGUGGCUCUCAGUCCAUACUACUCAUCGGAGGGAGUAGUAAAACUCGCUUGACUAGGAUCUUUGCGCUCGAGGCUUUGUUUUGUAACGCAUUGUAUGCGGGCGUUGCAUUCAAUGGGUGUCCGUAGCGCGGCCUUACGACGUUUUAGCGACUGUGACAUGACAAAGAAGAGUUAUGCUACCUUGAAACGUGGGAAGGUGCUGGCUGAAAGGUUUCAAACUUAAUUGUUGGUGCUGAGUUGCAGAUGAGAGGUGGAGAAAAUGCUUGCUUUUGUGAUAUCCACAGCUGAAAUGCUGCAGACUUUGUAGGCUUAACGUAGAGUGUGAUGGUUGGCAUGGGAGUUGUUCAUUGCUGAAGGAGUCUGAGAUUGGGGCAGUCGGGACAGAACCUCAACAUGGCUUUCCCCGCUCCCCCAGAGGACGUUCUGACCACCCCACGGUUCGCAUUUCGGAAUUCGAUGAUACCGCGCCCAGUGACGAACAAAGAGGACGAUGGCUUGAGUCCCAAGUCUGUUAUUGUGGACAGGCGCUUCGUAAGUCCGGCAUCGUCUUCGUCAAGCAGCAUUGACCGUCGCACGUUAUCAGAAACUAACCUGCACAAGGGUCAGCCUCGCCAUGACCGCGGCUACUCAAUCUCAGACGGAGAAUUCAGCGAUUCUGAAUCUUUUGUAGAUUAUUCAGGAACUUCUCGAGAACUUGGAAAGGUUGGAAACUCGGGGCCAUUAGAGUCUUUGCCAGAAACCCAUUCUUUGGCGUUGGAUACUACAAAUUCUACUAUCUCGUCGGCAGUAGAGAUGUCCAGAGCUUCCACGACGAGCGAGUCGAGGGAUGGCGAGUCUAACUGUCCAUUCUCUUCACCAUCCUCUUUGAGUGGUCUGGAAACUUCAGCGCCGAUAGCUCUUUCCGCAUUAGUUGAACGAACCAGUGACUUUGGAAGGGCAGAUGUCGAAACAACCUCAUUAUUCGCCCAAAAAACUGAAAGUAAUAGACUUCCAAGUAGCAGAGGAUCAGUAAUACCUGCAUACAAAGCUGCUGGUGAGGACGAGGAUCAGAUUUAUCAACUUAGCGAGUGGUAUCAAACCUCAACUUCAUCUGAUAGCGCCUCGGACCAGGAAGGAAAGGAGUCCUCCAGCUCCUCAACCGUACUAUAUGCAGAAUCCGACAAUGGAACUCGGCGUAGAGAAAUCCAUAUCUCCCAAUCUCAAAUACUUUCAUCAGAGCUCUCAACAAGUGGUUCGAAUCGACUGGAGAGAGAGCUAGAAGUCACCAAGAAGAGGCUCGUUGCUCCAGGUGCGGCGAGCAAUUUUGGCUACAUUCCUGGAACUCCCAUGCGUUUCUUUCCAGUUUGGCAUGGACUCUCAGGGACACCUCUAGUAAAUAACCCUCCUGCCCUGUAUUCGGCAAGCCCGCGAGUUGAGAAAGGUAUUGGAUCCUCCAGUCCUGCUAGUGCAACAGGUCUGACUACACCCCUUCGCUACCAGCAUCGGUUUCUGUCUGGUCCAAUCCUGGGCAGUAUGAUUCCGAAACCGCCUCCGUCGAAAUGGGACGAUGCUGAGAAAUGGAUCGUUAGUCCCGGCCAUAACGAGGCGUCUCCAGUGCAACCCCCUAUUCGACCAUUGCAGGCUCAUGCACCAGCAGGUCGAAGGCAUUCAAUUGCCGGUGCUCAAAGUUUACGUUCACUUCAUGAAGUCGGCAGUCCAGAUUACUUAACCGCUGCAGGAGAGAAGCCCAUGUCUCCUAACUUGGAGAAUGUAUCUGCAAGUGCUGGUAAAAUUGAAGGGAAAAUUGAAGGCAAUACUCUGAAGAAACGCUCUAAAGCACUUUCAUUUGGUGAUCUUUCACGAAGGUUUGACCUUUCUCGUGCAUCUGGUAAGCCACCAGCAGCCCAGCCACAGGACAGACUGUUCACGGAAGACAACGAUGCUCAGGGGGCAGGAGCUUCUGUCCCAUCAUCUACGGAUGCUCUAACUAUAUCCACUGUUGGUGAUGAAGCUAGAGAGUUGACUGCAGCGCCAUCAGCGAGGGAAGCAGGGCAGCAAGCACAACCUCCAGUUGGCGUCUCAGAGAUGAAGCUCUCAGGUAGCUGCAAGGAUAGUGGAGUUAUGAAGCAUGGACGUUCCGUAUCGAUGAAGGAGAUAAGCGCGGUGGAUCCGUUGGCUGCAGAGCCUGUCUCAUUCCAAUCUGCAGCAGCACGCUGUAGGGAUAUGGGAACUCAGAUGACUCCAGUUGAGAGUCUGAAGAAUUCAACUUGUACAACACCAGGGCUUGCUAUUUCGCCCACUAGGCAUAACACUCCUGCACGCUCAGGAACACGUCGGGCUGCUUCACUUGGGGAUAUUCCCGGAGGAAUGGAAGCUCUUGAACUUCAAAGCUGCCACUUGGCUAAACUGGGGCUUCGUAAAGUGGCAGUAGAUGGCCAGCCCACUCUGGACCGAAACAUUGUCUGGACCACGCGUGAGGAGGAAGAGAUGGAGAGCUCUGCAAGUCUGAGAGAAGCGCAUUCAGAAGAUCAGGAGAAAUCCCGAAUAGCUGCGAAGGUUUCAGCGUGGGUAGAGGCUGAGCAAGCAAAAGCAACAGCCAGGUAUAAGAACAAAGAGGCCAAGAUUAAGGAAUGGGAAGAGCUCCAAAAAGCCCAGUCUGAAACUGACAUGAAGAAGAUCGAGGCGAAGGUUGAGAAGAUUCUAGCAGAAGCCAAUGAGAAGAUGAAAGGCAAACUGGCAUUUGCAGCGAAGAAGGCUGCGGAGAUGAGGGCAGCUGCUCAGGCGUUGCAAGACGAGCAAGCUACCAAAACCGCCGAGCGGGCAGAGUUGAUUCGCGAAACGGGCCUUCUCUCUCCUCCUACUCGCUAUUCUUUCAGAUGCUGUUUUCUAGCCAAAUAAUCAAUCAGCUCCUUUUAAACAACCAUGCUACUCCCCCAGCGACUUAGUAGCAGUGUCGGUAUUAUGAAACCUCCUAGCAUUACCCUAGUGUCUGGUUUGAAUUCGGUCUGAAACUGGAGCAUGUGAGUUGGGAUGUGGAGCUCCAAAUCUGCUACGCUUAAAACAAAUCCACUUCUUUACUGGGAACGAGGAUUCUGUGGAUCUUUUCACGACGUGUUGUGCUUAUUUGCUCUCUGGGUCUUUGUUUAGUGCACGAUGUGAUAGAUCAGAGCCAUGGAAGAUGAGAGUGAACCUCACAGUUCGGUUUCGCCAUUAGCUGCGCCGGGGCAGAGUUGAGCCUAUAGUUUUGAGAAAAUGGUGCAUGAAAGAUCUCACCCAAGUGCCAUAGCUCCCAAGAUGCAGGGUGUUGUUGCAGCUCUCUUCGUUUCUGAAAUGAAAUGUUCCGUGAAAUGAAACUGAAUUGUUA